AUGAGGCAGCGCGGCGGCUUCACAAGAACAACCCCCCUUCCUAAGCGCAGCUGCCUGCGCCGCAAUGGGAGCCACCGCGAUCGCCGCGGUGUAGUGUUUCGUGCUCCUCCUUUUCCUCCUCCUCUUUCUCCUCCUCCUCAGGUCCCCAGUCAGGCCGAUCCGCUCCGCUCUGCUCACGAUCGGAGUCGUAACUUACUGCCUUGUCUGGAGUCACAUGGUGAUUCAAAAAUGGCAGAACUAUUUAUGGAAUGUGAGGAAGAAGAGUUGGAACCAUGGCAGAAGAAAGUAAAAGAAGUUGAGGAUGAUGAUGACGAUGAGCCAAUCUUUGUGGGAGAGAUAACAAGUUCAAAACCAGCAAUUUCAAAUAUUUUGAACAGAGUUAAUCCCAGCUCAUAUUCAAGGGGAAUAAAGAAUGGUGCACUCAGUCGAGGUACAACUGUAGCCUUCAAAUCCACAAGUCAGCACUACACGAAUACAACAUCGAAUCCAGUGGGUGCCUCAUCAGUAAAUUUUCGUCCUGAAUCUAGAUCUUCAGAUAGUUCUGCUAUUGUUCAGCCUUUGUCUAAACCUGGUUUUAUAAUUAAUUCAUCACGACUUGUAUCUAAUACUUCUUCAUAGUUGCUGUUUGACUUGACCCGUGAUACAGGAGUAACACAAUACCAAGGGGGAUCAGCACUUUCAAUAGCAGGUAUGAAUGAAAGCUCAUUUAUUUCAAAGCGCCCUUCUACUUCUGAAAUUAACAGUGUUAAUCCAAAAAAGCCUAAACCCAGUGAAAGUGUCUCUGGAGCAAAUUCCUCAGCCACAUUCUCCUCGGCAGCAUCUCCUUCAUUGCCAUCUCCUCAGGUUAUGCAAUCAAAAGGUACAAAUACCUCAUCAAAUCAAUCUAAAAAUGGAACACCUUUUCCAAGAGCAUGUCCGAAGUGCAAUAUUCAUUUCAAUCUUCUGGACCCUUUGAAAAAUCAUAUGAAGUAUUGUUGUCCAGACAUGAUAAAUAACUUUUUGGGACUGGCUAAUACAGAAUUUUCAAGUACAACAAAUACAAAUAACACUAUUGAAUCAGAGAAAGGAAAAUUGAUUAUGUUAGUUAAUGACUUUUAUUAUGGAAAACAUGAAGGAGAUGCCCAGGAAGAACAGAAGACUCAUACAACCUUUAAAUGCUUCAGUUGCUUGAAAAUUCUUAAAAAUAAUAUUAGGUUUAUGAACCACAUGAAACACCAUUUGGAACUUGAGAAGCAGAGCAGUGAGAGCUGGGAAAACCACACCACCUGCCAGCACUGCUACCGUCAGUUUCCCACACCUUUUCAGCUGCAGUGUCACAUCGAAAGCACUCAUACUCCCCAUGAAUUUUCUACCAUUUGUAAAAUCUGUGAAUUAUCAUUUGAAACAGAACAUGUUCUUUUACAACAUAUGAAGGACAAUCACAAACCUGGUGAAAUGCCAUAUAUUUGCCAGGUUUGCAAUUACAGAUCAUCAUUAUUUUCUGAUGUUGAAACUCAUUUUAGAACAUCCCAUGAAAACACUAAAAACUUGCUAUGUCCAUUUUGCCUCAAAGUUAUUAAAAUUGCAACACCAUACAUGCAUCAUUACAUGAAGCAUCAGAAAAAAGGCAUUCAUCGUUGCACAAAAUGCCGACUACAAUUUUUGACAUGCAAGGAGAAAAUGGAUCACAAGACUCAGCAUCAUCGAACAUUUAUAAAACCUAAACAACUAGAAGGAUUGCCUCCUGGAACAAAAGUUACUAUUCGAGCUUCACUUGGGCCUCUUCAAUCAGGAUCUUCACCUACACCUUCCAUUAGUGCAAGCACUUCAACCCUUCAGCUCUCACCUUCGAGGACUGAACCUCUAACUGCUAAAAAUCUCACAAAAUCUAUUGCAAAUAAAUCCAAUGGAAAUAAAACUAAAUGCAAAUCCAAAAUCUCUGAUCUGCAAAAGAAACAAAGCACAUUGACUAGUAGCAAUAAAAAAAGUAAAGUGAAUACAGCACUGAGAAAUUUAAGGUUUCGUCGGGGAGUUUACAAGUGCAUUGAGUGUUGUUCUGAAAUAAAAGAUUUUGCAAACCACUUUCCUACAUAUGUCCAUUGUAGUUUUUGCAGAUACAACACUAGCUGUAGCAAAGCCUAUGUAAAUCAUAUGAUGAGCUUCCAUAGUAAUCGUCCAAGUAAAAGAUUUUGUAUUUUUGAGCAGCAUUCUGAAAAUCUCAGGGGCAUUACUAUAGUGUGCCUUAAUUGUGAUUUCCUAACUGAUGUUUCUGGCUUAGAUAAUAUGGCCAAACACUUAUGUCAACAAGAAACUCAUACUUGCCAGGUUGUAAUGGAGAAUGUUUCUGUUUGUAUCCCAACUUCUGAACAUCUUUCUGAAUUAAAAAAUGAAGCUCCUACAGAGGAACAAGAAACUGUGUCAGAGGAAAUUUCAAGACCCAGCAUGGCUGAAGAAGAAAAAGAAAUAUCAGAACUGGAAAGUAAACAAGAUAUUACUUCAACUGAGGAAGAAAAAAAUGGAUGUGAUGCAAAUUCAUUUGAAGACUCACCAGUAACAAAAAGUGAAGAAAGUAUAAAAGUUUCACCUAAGGAAAAUGAUACCUGUCUUGCAGACGAAGAAGCUGAAGAAACUGACUCAAAGAAAAUCUUCAGUUGUGAUGAAAAUAUUGGUGAAGAAAAGGUAGAUAAGGAAGAACAGUUAGAACUUGUUUGUCAGGAAACAGAGUUGAAGAUGUGCCAAAGUUCUGAAACCGUAAUACCAUGUGAUCAGAUCAAAGAUGACAACUCUAGUGAAGCAAAAGUUUCUUCUAAGAAUAUUAAGGAUUUGCGGUUGACAUCAGGUGAUGUUAGCAUUGAUCAGUUUUUGAGAAAAAGAGAUGAACCUGAAUCGGCCAGUUCUGAUGUUAGUGAGCAAGGCAGUGUUCAUUUGGAACCUUUGACUCCAUCAGAGGUACUUGAGUAUGAAGCCACAGAAAUCUUUCAAAAAGGUAGUGGUGAAUCCUCAGCCAACACUGAUGAAGUAGAGUCUGAUCAAACAGAUGAUGUUCCUAGAGGAAAUAGUCCUAAUACAAGAAAGACAACAGUAGGCCUGGCAGACAAAAAAAGAAAGGAGCUAAAAUUAAUUUGUUCUAAGUUUUUGUUUCGCUGUGGUAAGAAUGCUCUGGAACAGUGCUAG